AUGAAGUUCUACUACCAGGUCCUCACCACGCCGACCGCCGACACGCCCGGCACGGCGGUCAUCCUCCAAUUUCCCGACAAGCGGUACUUGUUCGGGCAGAUCGCGGAGGGAACCCAGCGGGCGUGCACAGAGCGCGGCAUCAAGCUCUCCUACCUCACGGAUAUCUUCCUCACCGGCCGGACGGAAUGGGCGAAUAAUGGUGGUUUGAUCGGGGUGAUCCUCACGCUGGCGGACGGGCUGGCGAGCACUGCGAGUGCGCUGGAAACGGCUGCGCGGGAGAAAGAGGCAAAUCGCCUGAAGCAAGGUGGGAAGCCUGCGCCGUCAGGGAAACAGCAGCAACCCUCGGCGCAGCCGCAGGAUGGACAGGCGGAGAGUGAGAGAGGGUCGCUGACGAUCCAUGGCGGGAAGAAUCUGACGCAUACGUUGGCUACUGCGCGCCGAUUUGUCUUCCGCAAGGGGAUGCCGGUCUUCACGAAGGAGUAUGACUCGGAGACACUGGCCAAGAAUGCCACCGGUGCGGCCGACGCGGCCGAUCCCUUCGAGCAGCCUACCUGGGCGGAUCUCAAUAUUAAGGUGUGGGCCAUGCCCAUCCAUCCUUCACCGCAGUCGCGAGUCGCAUCGCCGCUGCCUCCGCGUCCGAGGAAGAGGAGCCAUGAGGAGUUCCAGGAGCGCGAUGUUGACAAGCCAGCUCUGGAUCAGCACACCCAGGACCAGAUCAUGAGACAGUCUGUCAUUUCGGACAUGUUCAACUCGUCGUGGAGGAUGGACGCGCUCGUUGAAACGCCGCUGGUCGAAGUUAAGAUGCCCGCCGUCAUGUUUGUGCGGAACCCGGAGACCAAGGACCUGGAGCCGUACAAGGGUCCUGCCCCUGGAAGCAACGAGCCUCUUCCGGACAUCAAGGUUCUGGUACGCCAGCCCUGGCCAGGCGCUAACAUCGAGAAGCUCCCUCCCACGACCCGGGGCCACAAGGCUGUUUCGUACAUUGUACGCAACCACGACAUCAGAGGCAAAUUUGACCCCGUCAAAGCGAAGGCUUUGAAAGUCCGCGCAGGCCCCGACUUUGCGCGCCUGACUAAGGGCGAGAAGGUGCUUGCCGAGGAUGGAACUACGGUCAGUCCGGAUAUGGUUCUUGGCCCACCACGCCUGGGCAAGGGGUUGGCCAUCAUUGAUCUGCCUACUCCUGAGUACGUUGAUGAUCUUGUCGGUCGGCCGGAGUGGAAUUCGCCCGCGGUCACUACGCAGCUCGAAGCCUUCAUUUGGAUCCUUGGUCCCGGAGUAGGCGACCAUCCCCGACUGCGCGAGUUCGUCGCUCGCAUGUCGCACUGCAAGCACACUGUCUCGAGCACGGACUACUGUCCCAACUACUUGGCGCUAGGCAGCGUGGCAGGUUCGUCUAUCCGCCUGGCUCGAUUGCGCAGGGAGAAUUAUCCCAUUCCGUAUCACGACAACCAGACUCUGCCACAACUGGGCACUUCGACAUGCGACUCGGAGACAACCAAGGCGAUGGUGCGGAACUCGCCGUUUGAAUCAAUCAAGCCCGGUCUUGUCAUCGAUAUGGAACCCAAGUUCGAGCUGAGCCGCUCGGAGAUCGUGCCGCUGUUCAAUCCUGCGGAGACAAUGCAGCGGAUCCCUCGCUCCAUCGAGCAGCGGGUGACGGCCAUCCGCCGGCGGGUUCAGAAACCCGAAUUCCAAAAGAAGCUGGCCGAGUUUCGCCAGGGCCUACCGGGCGCCAACGUGGAGAUUGUCACUUUGGGCACUGGCUCGUCCUCCCCGUCCAAGUACCGGAACGUCUCCAGCACCCUUGUCAAUGUUCCUGGAGUGGGCUACUACCUGCUUGACUGCGGCGAGAACACCCUGGGUCAGCUCAAGCGGAUGUACGACCCGAAGAAAUUGCGCGAGGUGCUGCAGAAUCUCCGGAUGAUCUGGAUCAGCCAUCUUCACGCCGACCACCACCUGGGUACCGCAUCUGUGAUCAAGGCCUGGUUCCGUGAGAACUAUCCGGAGGGUGUUCCCCGCACCACCACCAUCGAGACCGAUAUGUCGAAGAUCCUCACAGACAAGCGACUGUUUGUUAUCUCCGAGGAAAUGAUGGUUGGUUGGCUGGAAGAAUAUGCGGGCGUGGAGGACUACGGCUUCGGAAAGCUGGUGCCUCUGGUGGCCUUCCCCAAUUAUGCCAACGGCAGCAUUCGGACGACCCUCUCCUACCGCCACACUCGCGACGACGGGUCCUAUCCCGGUUACGAACAGGACGGAAGUCGUCCGCAGAUCACCACACUAGACUUCCACGACAAGAACUCUCCGCUCACCCCGCUCCUCCAGCGGGCCACGGGCCUCACCGAUAUCCUCACCACGCGUGUACCGCACUGCCGCGGCGCCAUGGCCGUCUCGCUGAUCUUCCCGGACAGCUUCAAGGUCUCCUUCUCGGGCGACUGCCGGCCGUCGAACAGCUUCGCGGCGAUCGGCCGCGACUCGACCGUGCUGAUCCACGAAGCCACCUUCCAAGACGACAUGGCCAUGUCCGCAGUCCUCAAAAAACACUCGACCACCUCGGAAGCGUUGGAAGUGGGCCGCCUGAUGGACGCCCGCACCGUCGUGCUCACCCACUUCAGCCAGCGAUACCAGAAAGUCGCCCACGUCGAGCAAGGCUCCGGUCCCGCAUCAACAGCAACAACAGCACAGCACAACCCCCUACCCGUCCGCGAGAACCUUGAUGUCCCAGACGACGAAGCCGAAGCCGAAGCCGAAGCCGCACCACCAGCAGCCUUCAAACCCCAACCCCAGUCACAAACCCUCAAGGCCCCCGUCACCGCCGCCUUCGACUACAUGCGCAUCCGCGUCGGCGACAUCCCCAUCGCGCAGGCCUUCGCCCCCGCCAUCGAGAAACUCUUCGAGAUCCUCGAGCGCGCCGCCGCGGAGGAAUCCGCCAAGCACCGCAAGGUCCGCGAGGCCGCCGACGCGCUCGCCCGCGAAAAGAAACUCAAGAAGAGGGCCAAGGGCGGGGCUGCCCCUGCUCCUACCCCUGCUGCGCCAGCAGGGCAAGCCAUGGACCUCGAUGCGGAUAAACCGUCGGUGUGGAGCGCCAGCGAGAGCGAAAGCGGGUGGACGACUAGCGGCGAUGAAAGCGUGCGUUCUGGACGUGGACGUGGACACGGACGCGGACGCGCGGGGAGUAGCCCGCGCCGCUUGAGUCCGAGUAUUCGGACCAAGAGCGGUGAUGCCGGUGCCGGUGCCGGUGCCGCGUGA